AUGACUGUUGGAAAUACACGUUCGGGUGAUCGCGUCGUUCGCCCUCCCGAUAAGCACUUUGCUGCAACUCUUCGGAAAUCUUUUUUAUCUUCCGAUUCUCACAUGUGGGUUACAUCUUCAGAGCUUGCGAGUACUGGAGAGAAGUUUUCUCUGGAGGCAUUUCUGGGAGUGACAACGCACCUUCUGGCAAACCCCAAUCUAAACAGCAGCCAUGUUUUCCGAGCUGAUAUCUUAUACGAUAGCGCCGGUGUUAUGAAGAUCCCUGGCGACGAGGAAUCAGACUGCUGUGGCGCCGUCGAAAAGACAAAUGAGGAUCAGCCAAACACCGCCAGGCCAGCGCCCAUGCCGGCGGAAUCAUUUCCUAACCUCCAUCUCAAGAGAACCAUCAUACGGCGGUUCAUCCCCAGAAAACAUAUAGAUCAUCCAAUAAAUCAAACUUGUCAUAUGUAUGAAGAAGAUGUGAACCAUGCAGAUGUAUCAGAUGGUUCGCGCGAGGACCAGCAACGGUGCCUCUUCAUCUUCACACCUCAUGUCCACUCAGAAGAUGAGAUUCCAUAUUACCAUCCAACGGUACGGGCAUUAGCUCUAUCAUACCAUCUGAAUGAUCCACUGAAAGAUGGCAAAAAUUGUACAGGAACUCUAUCUAUCCAUUUUUCACCCUUCUCUGCUGAAUUCACGCAAUUCAUUCCAUACCGUCUACAGCGAACGUUGCUGGCCCUCCUGUCAACCCAGCUGCGCCUCGCAAGAAAGCCACUUGAUGCAUCUGCGGCGAUUACUAAAUCUGGAAGUAUGACACAAAAGGACAACAUCAUUCAGCAGCAUGUCUUUCAAAAUACCUACUCGCGGCUGAAGAAAACAUAUGCUGCUUUCUUGGUGAAUAACUGGGUUGAAACUACUGAACCUUCAAAACAUGUUUUUGAAGAUAUUGCAAUCGCCGCCUUUCUGAUCGAGCUGUGGAAGAAAAUGUAUAGAUUGCCGAUUUCAACGACAAUAUCGACAGCAGCGACAACUGCAAAAUUCAAUCUCAACGGGGUGAAGGACGACCUUCCCCCAUUUCCUGGCUUUGUUGAUAUGGCAUGUGGAAAUGGAGUGUUGACCUAUAUAUUACUUUCAGAAAGGUAUGACGGAUGGGGAUUCGAUGCUCGUCGGAGAAAGUCGUGGUCUAUUUUUCCACCCUCGAUUCAAGAGCGGCUUAAGCAAAUGAUUUGUAUUCCCAAGCCGUUCAUGGAAGUCCUUGAGCGUUCGAAAGACUGCAGCAAUAUACCCUUACUGGAGACUGCAUAUUUAGUGCUGCACAGUGGGAUUUUCAAUAAAGAUACGUUUAUAAUUUCCAACCAUGCCGACGAACUGACUUUGUGGACACCCCUCCUGGGGGCUCUCCCGGAUCCCACCUCUCCGUUGCCAUUUCUGGCGAUACCCUGUUGUUCACAUGCCAUUUCUGGAAUGCGCUAUCGACAUCCGCCCCCAAAAUCAGCUUCUAAGAGAGACCGGGCAAAAGGAAUUCCCACGGCGGAAUCUACUCUAUCAGAUAUCAACAACGUCAAUAAUACUAAUGCCAAUGCCAAUACAAAGCUCAACCAGCUGCAAGACAAAUCAUCAACACAAGAAAAGGAAGAGACACCAGCAGCAGCAGCGUCAGCAUCGACAACAGUAGAGCAAAACCUGCAACCUUCCACCGGCGAUCUCAAAGCCCUACGCGCCCUAAAGCUCGAGGAGCACACGAACCUGGCCUGCCAAAACUCCGCGUACGCAUCUCUCACUGCAAAGGUCAUCCAGGUAGCCGCAGAAGUGGGCUAUGGCUCUGAUAUCGACAAGACGCUGCUUCGAAUACCCAGUACGAGGAAUAUUGGUAUUGUUGGUGGUGUGAAGAGGGUAAUGUUGAGGAAGGGACGGGAAGGGGUAGAUAUGAAAACGGCGGCGGAUGUGGUAGCGGAUGUUUUGGAGAGGGAGUGUAGGAGGGAUGGUGGAGUGAAGGCUGCGGCGAAGCUGUGGGUUGAGGGAGCGUUGGACUUGCAGGAAAAGCACGGGCGGGGGAAGUGGAAAAGGGGAGAUGAACAUAGGCAUUGA